AAGGACUUAAGUUCGUCCUGAAAGAUUUGAUUGGCGUCACUUCUUGCGCUUGACUGAGAAGCAGACGCAUAAAAGUGACAGCAGUGAAAUAUUCUCUAUGAGGCCGCAGUUGGAGGAUGGAUGUGGAGCUGCCAGGCCGCUUAGUGGACUCUGCGUUAAUCAAUUUUGUCAAUGACAUGAGCCUGAUAGAGUUUCCGCAGAAGUUAGCUUUGGGACCAAAGCAGCAGGUGAAUACUACCACACCCAGCCCGAGCAGCCAGACGCGGCAGGGCGACUCGUCUUGGAGCCUGAGCCUGGAAAACGACGUGCGCACAGCGGAGCUCCGCGCCGAGCGUCUGGCGAUGAGCCCGCCGAGGUACUACAGCCGCGGGGCGCACGACCACGCCGCGUCCAAACGCAGGAGGAUCAUCACCGUGGUGCAGCGCCACGCGGCCAACGUGCGGGAGAGAAAGCGGAUGUACAGCCUGAACGAGGCGUUUGACGAGCUGAGGACGAAAGUUCCCACAUUCGCGUACGAGAAGAGACUGUCCCGCAUCGACACCCUGCGCCUCGCCAUCGUCUACAUCUCCUUCAUGAGGGACCUGCUGGAGAACACAUGACACUCAACAGGAUGUUAAGUCCACGCCACGGACACUGCACCAGUCCGGGUUUGCCACUGACUUCAACAUGGACACAAGUGAAUGAACUGAUCGCUUCUUAACAUUCAAUAUUAUCUCAAUCUUAUGCUGCAAAUUUAAGAAAACA